AUGCCACGAUCCUCUAAGAAACCAAAAAAGAAUUCAUUACCCCCCCAAGAUUUCCAAAAAAUUUCUCCACAGAUUACAAAAUUUAAGCAAAGACUACGAUCAGCUCAAUCGACACCUCUUUCACAAACAACAGCAUCGAAACUAACAUCAAGAUGGCCGAUAUAUAGAAUCAUCCAUCAAUGUACGCGGUACGUUUUUGAUCUUUACCAAGAAGGCAAAAUCUCUGCUGAGUUAUAUGAAUGGUUGAAAGUGCAAGAUUAUGUUGAUGCACCAUUAAUGGGUAAAUGGAAAAAACGAGGUUAUGAAAAGUUAUGUUGUUUAAACUGUAUAAAUGGCGAAAAGGUUUGUGUUUGUCGAGUUCCCAAGAUUGAAUUGUUGAAGAAGGGGGAGGAGUCCAAAAAGUGCAAGGAAAAGGAAACGGAAAGGGAGAUGGAGAUGGAGAUGGAGAUGGAGGAGAAGAACGUGGAGAAGGAGAAACUGGUGUCGAUGAGAAGAGGCGAUAUUUCUGCGAGGGUUGAUGUGGAAUGUGUUACUUGUGGAUGCCGAGGUUGUGCAUCAACUGACUAG